CUAUAAAUAGAGGUCCUUGAUGGAGUACUAUCAACACUACUAUAGUACUAUAAGUUCCAAAUUAUAAUAAACAUUCCACCAUGUCCAAAACAAGCUUCCAAAAGCUAUCUUCUACCCUCAUGAUCCUUCUAGUUUUCCUUUCACACCUUCUAACCACCCAUGGAAGUUCUAAAUCCCAAUUAGAUUUUCCAAGAAAAUUGCCAAAGAAAGCAAUAAGACUAAAGAGGUCAAAAACCAUUAGCCACCUUCAUUUCUACUUCCACGACAUACUUAGUGGGAAAAACCCCACAGCUGUGAAAAUAGUUGAGGCCAAUAUGACAAAAAAUUCAGCCACAAAAUUUGGUUCUACGGUCAUGAUGGAUGACCCUUUAACCAUUGGACCAAAAUUAAGCUCCAAACUUGUGGGAAGAGCUCAAGGGAUUUAUGCACAAUCAUCACUUAAUGACAUUGCUUAUUUAAUGGUUCUAAAUUUUGCUUUUGUUGAUGAGGGUGACUAUAAUGGUAGCACGUUAAGCAUUUUGGGUAGAAAUAAGGUCUUGUCUAGUGUCAGGGAGAUGCCUAUUGUUGGUGGUACUGGAGUUUUCAGGUUUGCUCGUGGCUAUGCUCUUGCAAAGGCUCAUUCUUAUGAUCCUAAAACUGGCAAUGCUGUUGUUGAGUACAAUGUUUUUGUUCUUCAUUAACAAAAGGGAAAAGGGUUAAAUAUACCCUGAACUUUAUGAAAAUGUCUAGAUAUGCCCUCCGUUUAAAGUUUGACUCAUUUGUGCCCCUGCCGUCUAACUUUUGGCACAAAUAUACCCUUGAAGACGUUAAAUGCAUUGCUGAAAUUUCCAUUACCAUUAAAUAUAUAUUUUUAACAUCAUAAAUUGUCACGUGGCAUUUAAAUUUAAAAAACCUCUCCUAUCUAAUCCACCUAUAUAAUAACUUGACCCGCCCUCCCUUUUAACCCAUCUAAUCCAUUUACCUUCCCUCUUCCAACACCCACCUCCAUCUUCCAUGGCCAAAACCACCUUCAUUCAAUGUAGCAACAUUAGUUGCUAAACAAAAAUUCUAUCCAAUUACGAUUAUCAAUUAAAAAUUAGAAGAUGAACUAACGAAGGUGGAAUUUAUGGCCACCCCAUUAUCAAUAGCAAAAUAGAUCUUUAACACAUCAUAUUCAUCAUCAGCAACGACACCAAAUUUUCUUUGUAAACAAAUGGGUAUUCAUUGAAGUAUCGAUGUGAAAAAUUGAAAGUAAAGCAUACCGAGCGAUUUCACGGCCAAUACCACUGGUAGAAUCAGUGACGAUGCAAGUAAGGUCAUUAAUAGGAGGGAGAGGCAUAGGGUUGAGCAAGUGACUAGCUAAUAUUCUUUGGAAAAGCAUCUCGUAUACCAAAUAGAACCAGCCACGUAGCCAUUCCAUCCAUCCUAAUGCUUCUUUCUUUGGUGGCUGAAACUUGAUCGAGAAAGGUGAGAUGGCCGGCGAUGUGGUGGAGGAGCCGAGAAACGGUGGUUCACCGGUGAUGUCGGGUUAUUUUGUGGGUCGGGUAUUGGAGGGGUGGCUUAAAUGGGAAGGUCUAUUAAAUUUAAAUGACACGUGGCUAUUUCAAAUUUUUUUAAAAAAAUAUUAACAGGUUGGGAAAAUCUAGCAAGGCACUUAACGUUUUCGAGGGUAUAUAUGUGCCAAAAGUUGAACGGUAGGGGCAUAAAUGAGCCAAACUUUAAACGGAGGGUAUAUCUAGACAUUUUCGCAAAAUUCUGAGGUAUAUUUGAUCCUUUUCUCUUAACAAAAUAAUAUUAAUCGGACCCUCUAUUAGAACUCUAAAGUUAAGUGUUUAGGGUAGGAAUAUGGUCAUGUCAGGGAGAUAAGUUGUUAAAGGAACUGGAGUUUUCAAAUAUUAUUGGAAUGAAUGACCCUGGAAAGUUAUGAUGUUGUAAUUUGUAUCCCUAAAACAAAGGAAAUGUGUAAUUUAAGAUUUGCACUUCGUUUCGGCUUUUUAUGACAAUAAUAAUGUUUUCAACUUUGUUGGGCC